AUGGCUUACCACAAACGUCCUUCGAGCUAUCAGCCUUGCGAUAGCUAUUUCGUGGAGUCUUACGAUGAUUUCCCUGCGCCCCGUAUGGAACCAAAGGAGCAUGCGAAGCUUGUUGCUCGGGAACGUCAGUACGCUAUUGCAGAUGAGCUAUCAAAAGCCGCCAGUGAUGAACUUCGUGAUGACAUCCUGGCGCACAUGCUGGACAUGGAUGCUGCCACCGUUCCCGAUGUUGAAUCUAUUGACAUUCAAACAGAGAUUCAGUGGUUCAUGCGUCCUUACCUGCUUGAUUUCUUGAUUGAAGCCCACACUGCCUUCCAGCUCCUGCCUGCGACGCUCUUCUUGACCGUCAACUUGCUCGAUAGAUAUUGCUCCAAGCGUGUCGUGUACAAGAGACAUUAUCAACUUGUUGGGUGUGCGGCACUCCUCAUUGCGGCAAAGUACGGUGACAAGAAAGACCGUGUGCCAACCAUCAAGGAGCUCAAAUCGAUGUGUUGCUCUCUCUACGAUGACGAUAUGUUCAUCCAGAUGGAAUGGCAUGUUCUUCAAACUCUGGGAUGGACCAUUGGACACCCGACCGUUGAUAGCUUCCUUCAAAUGGCCGUUUUGGACACUCCUUAUGAUCCCGAGGUGGAACAUCUGGCACUUUAUGUCUUGGAAAUAUCUCUCUUCCAUCGGGAAUUUGUUUCUAAAUUGUCCUCCGAUCUUGCUAGAGCUGCCCUGGCUCUUGCACGGUGCAUUCUGAACCGACCUCAACCACGCCACACGGAGUGGGCAUCGCAGUACGACUCGAUGACCCUAGUGGGCCUCUCUCAGCAGCUUCACCAACCUUCUCAAGUGGUGUCCAGGAAGUACUCUUCGGCUCAUUACUCGCGUGUUGCAAAGAUUCUGGAGCAAUUCCUUGCUCGACAGGCUUCCAUCACUAGCUACACGCCGCCCAGCCCGCCAGCCGAUGUACACACGGAAUCCAAGCCCUACAAUGGGGAAAUUGGACUUGCUACUCCGCAAAAGACUCCGGUCCAGAACAUGGCAAAUGGUUAUCCGACUCCGCCCAUCACACCGGAGAAUGAGAUGUUCGCCGGUGCCUGCAACACGAACUUUGUUAAGGACGUGGCAGAACCCAGCACUUGCUCUCCUUCGCCGUCUCCAUCUCCCAGCGUGCAAUUCGCGUCCAGCCAUUCAUACAAUCCAGAGGCUGCGUAUGCACACCAAGCCUUCGAGCAACCUCAAAUGAGCUUCACUGCUAGUUUCUAA